GUUCUUAUACAUCAUUUGAGUCUUUUGUGGCACCUCAUCUCUUUUGGCAGCGGCUACAACAUGGAGCAGCUCUACAUACGCCAUGUGGAACUUCUGGGCUUUGAGAAAAGAUUUUUUCCCAGUCAGCACUAUGUAUAUAUGAUCUUAGUGAAGUGGAGUGAUCAGUCAGAAAAACUGAUCUAUAGGAGAUAUCCAGAGAUUCAUGAAUUUCAUAAAACUCUUAAAGAGAUGUUUCCUAUUGAAGCAGGUCAAAUUGAUGCAAAAGAUCGGAAGAUACCAUCAUUACCAGCACCAAAGUGGUUGGACAACUAUAAGAACACAGAAACCAGACAGGGCACCUUGACUGAGUACUGCACCGCUCUCAUCCACCUCGAAGCGAAGAUCUCACAGUGUAAGAUGGUUCGAGAUUUCUUCAGAGUCCGACCCGAGGAUGAGACUCCCCCUGCGCCACACCCGUUCAAAAGAAACGAAACCUAUGUAAUGUCAAAAGGUCGCCCUAGAAGCAACACCUCUGAAAUUACUGGUCCAAUCAUGCUUGACAGCUACCGGGUGAUUGCAGACUACAGCAAAAGUUCCAAAUACGAACUCAACCUGAAGGCAGGAGACUUGGUGGAGAUAGUGGAGAAAUGUCCUAAUGGUUGGUGGUUCUGCCAUUGUGAGGCCCAGCGUGGCUGGAUACCAGCCUCCUAUCUGGAGCCCCUUGAUGGCCCAGAUGAGUCUGAGGAGCCAGAGCCUAACUAUGCAGGAGAGCUUUACAUAACCACCAAAGCCUACAAAGCAGUAGAGAAGGAUGAGGUCACUCUUGAGUCUGGAGAGAUCAUUGAAGUCAUCCACAAACUCCUAGAUGGGUGGUGGGUGGUCAGGAAGGGGGUGGAAACAGGAUAUUACCCAUCUAUGUUCUUACAUAAGACUGAGGAGGGAAAAGAAACUGAUGCCGAAAAAAGCGUUGUUCAGCGGAAGACGCCACCACCCAGGAGAACAACCAUUCGCAACAUUAACAGCAUUCAUGCACAAGGACGGCAAAAAAUCAGCCAAGACGCUUACCGCAAGAAUAGUCGUCGUUACAUACAGCAGCGCAGGAGCAACUCCCCUCAGCUUCGCAGACACAGGAGCUCCAGAAAGUCCCCUCUGCUGGAGAGAAAGCCCCAGAAAGAUAACAUCGCCACACUGAGACCACAGGGCGAUUAUGACCACAAGACGCCAAUCGUCCCCCCGCGGCCCAGCGCAGAACUCAUCAUGGAGCGAUGUACUGAGAACACAUGCAAGAAGAUCAGCAUCCGCACUGCUCGCUGAGCUGCAUCUGGCACCCUCAUUGCACAUCCUGUGUCACCUUUGUAUACUCAACACAGAGCUGCCCUUAUUGUAUAACAGUGUAUUGAACUUUCAUAGAGAGAGAGAAUAUUAGUGCUCAAUAGAAAGCUGUCCUCCUUGUAACAGUGUUGAACUUUUCUAGAAAGGGAGAGAAUAUUCGUGCUCAAUAGAGAGCUGUCCUCUUUGUAACAGUGUUGAACUUUUCUAGAAAGGGAGAGAAUAUUCGUGCUCAAUAGAAAGCUGUCCUCCUUGUAGCAGUGUAUUGAACUUUCAUAGAAAGGGAGAGAUAUUAGUAGCCUACAAGUAGCCUAUGUUCAGAUAUUCCAUUUGUCUAUUGUCUAACUUCUGAGAGCUUAUUAUCUGCCUAAAAAAUAAAAAAAAAUAAAAUAUAUAUAUAUAUAUA